AUGGCUAUUUUGAAGAGUGAUGCUACAUCUAGACUUCAUAAAUUUCCGAACGAUCCAAUAUUUACUCGACUUCGCAAACUCUACGCAGAGAGACCAGGAGUGCUGUUUCACGAUGAACACGGUAUUGAUGCCGGCUAUAGUGACCUGAUCAGCGAUGUUAUACACAUGCGUCAGGUCCUGCGAGAGCAGCUCCCAAGUACUGUAUUUGGCGAGGAUGGCCUGCUACAACCAGAGGCUCCUUCCAUUGCAUUUCUCGCAUUCAAUGGGUACUACUUCAUUGUGAGUUUUCUGGCCAUUGCGGCCCUGGGAGGCAUCUGUGUGCCACUGUCAACAAGCCUUAUUCCAGAAGAAGUCCUCUAUCUUCUGAAUAAGACGAAUGCAAACUUUAUCCUUAUAGAUGAAGGGUGUUCUGAGCUAGGAUUGAAAGUUAAAGAUCAUGCCCGGGACCUGGCUAAUCAACAGUUAACCAUACAUCCGGUAACAAGAGCGAGGCCAGGCCCCUGCCCCAAGUUGGAAAUUGAUGAGCAAUUGACCUUUCCCCCAAAAACUGGAUGUCUUGCUCUGUUUACAUCGGGGACAACCAGUUCUCCAAAAGCAGUUCUUCUUCCUCGCGAAUUAUUUCAUUCCUUACAGGAUCCACUGGACCUAGACGGUCUCUAUCUAUCUACCAGCUCUGUACAUUGGAUAGGAGGCUCAACUGGCCUCAUAGACAGUGUUCUUUGUGGACAGAGAUUACAUAUCGUGAAGGGAGAAUGCGGAGCUGCAAAGCGAUGGGAACUUUUGAAAGCAGGAACAAUCACAGAGUUGUCCGUGUCCCCGACAACUCUGAGAGAGAUGAGGGAUUACUAUAAUGAAAGUAUCUCUUGCCUUGCCCCAGAAGAUCGUGAUGAAUAUAUCAACGGAGCGCGAAAGCUAGAGGUCAUAUUCUCAAGCGGCUCGCCACUUAGUCCUUCUACACGGCAGUUUUUCGUAGAUUUGGCCAAUACGCCAAUCAUGAAUGGAUAUGGAAUAACUGAAAUGGGUGGAGGUGUCAUAAUUACCCCAGCUGAUUCAGAGUUCACAGAAGGACUUAUUGGCAGGCCUAUGGCAGGAAAAACAGUGAAGCUCUCCAACGGCGAUCAUGGCGAAAUUCUAGUCAAACAUCCCAAUAUGUUUAUAAAAUAUAUGAAUGACGAAGCAGCCACACGUGCCGCAUUUGACAAAGAUGGAUUUUAUAAAACUGGCGACUAUGCCCACCGCGUUGGAAAUGAUUACUUUUUCGAUGGCAGGGCUUCCUAUGACUGGGUUCGGUUUCAUGAAUACACAAUAUCUGUACUGGAGCUCGAGAACCGUCUGAUGGAUCUUCCAUAUAUUUCCGAAGCCUAUGUUAUCACAGUUCCGGAUGCCGAAGCUGGUGGAUUGGUGGCAACGCUUGUUCGACCUUGUAAGCAAAAUAUAGACGGAAAACAGUACAGCGAUAUUACUCUGAGACGUAUACGCAAGGACCUUGCUGCCGCUAACCUAGUCGCAUACAAACUGCCUCCCCUUUUGCGGGUUCUCCGAGACGAGGAACAAGUCCCCCGAACAACCUCCGGCAAAACGUUGAAAAAAGAGGCUCUCCGGAAGUACUUUCACAUAUCGGGAUCCAUGCCCGAGGACUAUGCUGUUGAGGGUGUGGAGUACUGCGGAAACCAAAUCGAGGAGUCUGCUUCGACUCGUGUAUUUGAUUGGGGGUUUUUAUAA